GGCACAUACGCCUGCUACACAAUUUCCCUUACAAAAAGGAACGUCGAGUUCAUGAUCCUUCCGUAAGCAAAGCAUCAUUUCUGAAUUUUGGAUCCCCGGAGCUUAGGCAGCUAUAGCCAGAGCCUCCAAUUUAGCCAUGCCGCCCGGCGCGCGAGCAAGACGCAUCGCCGCACUCGACCUGAUCUUCCUCGUGUUUCUCCGGCUCGCCAGCGCGUAUCAACGACCAUCCGACGCGCAUAUCAACUGCAUCGACAGCUUCUGUCUCGGCGGCUACACCUGCAGCGAAACCACCGCCACCACGUCCUGCACCGCCUACCUCACCUUCCGCUCCGACCCCCCGCUCUCCGUCGCCUACCUCCUCAACGCGACGCCCUCCGCCGUCGCCGCCGCCAACUCUGUCCCCCUCGCCGUCUCCCCCGUCGACGGCACGCAGCUCCUCCUCGUCCCUGUCCCCUGCUCCUGCAACCGGGCCACCGGCUACUACCAACACAACACCACCUACGCCAUUCAGGAACUUGAUACCUUCUUCCUCAUCGCCAAUAACACGUUCCAGGGGCUCACGACGUACCAAAGCAUCAUCGCCAAUAACCCUGCAAGCGAAGCUAUGUCUCCAGUGAUCAACGGCCCCCUCGCCGUGCCGCUCCGCUGCGCGUGCCCCUCUGCGACUACGGGACGAAUAAACAAUCUGCUGACGUACGUGGUCCAGGAGGGGGACAACGUGACCAGCAUCGCGCGCAGAUUCAACUCUACGCACGGCGACGUGCUUGCCGCCAACACGUUGUUGGUCCCGCUCGUCCACCCGCCGCAUUCGCGAGUGGUGCUCGCGAAUACUACUAUUACUUCCACGACUCCGCCGGAAUCUCAGAAAUUUUACGUGUCGAGUCCCUGCAGCAAUGGCUUGCUGGCUGGCUUGGGUAUCGGCGUCGGAUGCGGCGUCUCUGCGUGGGCUGCCGUUCUUGCUGUGUUCUUGCUAUGGCGUCGAAGGCGGCGGCGCCCCGUCGGCGACAGCUCAGGCAUGGCCAGGGAGACCCCCCUGGUAGCGGCUGUGCGUGGCGCGGUGGAGACUCUGGCUGCCUACAGCUACGCGGACAUCGAGACGGCGACGGCGGGGUUCGCGGAGGAGCGGAGAGUGGCCGCCGGAUCGUCGGUGUACCGCGCGGUGAUCAACGGCGAGGCUUUCGCGGUGAAACGCGUGGCCGCCGGCGGCGACGACGUGCGCGGUGAGGUCGACGUCCUCGGCCGCGUCAACCACUCCGGCCUCGUCCGGCUCCGGGGCCUGUGCGCGAACGGAGACGACACCUACCUGGUGCUCGAGUUCGCCGAGAACGGCGCGCUCAGCGAGUGGCUUCACCCCGGCAGCGCAGCCGCGUGUCUCCGCCGUGUCCUCGGCUGGAAGCAGCGCGUUCUGGUGGCGCUCGACGUCGCGGGUGGGCUCAACUACCUGCACCACUUCACCAACCCUCCCUACGUGCACAAGAAUCUCAACAGCGGCAACGUCCUCCUCGACGCGAACCUCCGCGCGAAGGUCUCGAGCCUCGGGUUCGCGCGCGCCGUGGCCGUCGCCGUCGCAGCCGGAGACGACAGCAUCGCCCUGAUGACACACCACGUCGUGGGCACCCACGGUUACCUGGCGCCGGAGUACCUGGAGCACGGCCUGAUCAGUCCCAAGCUCGACGUGUUCAGCUUCGGUGUCAUCCAGCUCGAGCUCUUGUCCGGGAAGACGGCGGCGUUUGUCACCGACGAUGACGGGCAGAACAUGCUGCUGUGGCAGGCGGCGGACGGGCUCGUCGACGGCGAUGGCGCAUGGUUCAAGCUGAGGGCGUUCAUGGACCCUCAGCUGCAAGGCCACUACCCGAUCGGUGUCGCGUCCGCGGUGGCCGCGCUGGCCGUUCGGUGCGUGGCGCGGGAGCCACGGGCGCGGCCUUCCAUGGAGGAGGUGUUCGUCACGCUCUCAGCGGUGUACAACCUCACGGUUGAUUGGGAUCCUCAGAAUUACAGCGCAUCAGCUUCUAUGGUCCUCGGUAGGUAGCAAUUAAGGAAGCUCAAUUUUUUCGACGUGAGAUAUUAAGAAGAAGCAUAGUGUCAAAUAUGUUCUCUACCAUUUUCAUUGGGAGUGGUUGACAGUCAGAAGGUACUUUAUUCUUUUUUUAUAAAAUUUGAUACCUCUCGACGUCUCUGGUAGAUAUCAAUAUUUACACUAAAAAAUAUUGAUACCUCUUAGUAACUCUAAUAUUACUUUUUCAUAGAAGAAACGGCGAGCAUGUAAGUGAGAGUAACUAUGUAUGGGCACAGUACAGAAGCGGUCCUUUCUU